UUCGUUACCUCGCACUAACCCUUGACAUCAGUCGCUAUUUAAAAGUUGGGCUCGAGAAGAAGCAUAUGAUUGGUUUGCAGCCUGAAGCUGCAAACCAAUCAGACAACGGCUUUUAUAUCGGUCGAAAACAAAACUAAACAGUAAACACGCAUGGCGAAGGCAUUAUGGUGUAAAAUUUGUGGCCAAUGAGUACAAGACAGAUACCGUCGAUUGAUAUUCGGGAGUUCGUUUUGCUUGAAGAAACAAUUAGACGAGGAUUUGGGGUAUGAUCCGAAUGAAAAUGAUGGAUUGUCGAAGUACGUUUGUCGACUAUGUUUUAACAAAUUGUCCAAAAUAAUGCGAACAACUUCGUAAGAUAGCGAUUUACCACUGCCGGUUUUAGUCCCAAUAAAAACAUCUUUUCCUUCUCUGAUACAUGAUAUCGAAAGCUUUUGGUUUUCAGUCAAAUGAUCGAUUUGAUGUUUUUCACAUAUCUUUUCGUCAACGGACGCCAAUUUUUACUUUCUGUUUAUUCCCUUACCAAACUUUCAUCUGAAACAAGAAAUUCCAUUGGCUGAUUAAUUUUAGCGUAUCGCGUCAUCCUUCUUCUCGAGCCCAACUUUUAAAUAGCGACUGAUGUCAAGGGUUAGUGCGAGGUAACGAAUUAAUAACCCUUGACUUGUGAAGAUGGCACAGCGUCCGUGUCGACAGUGAUUCAUUUUUAAAAAACAGAAUUUAAGCAUUUAAAAAUGAGGUGAACUUCUUCAAUUUGGUACAGUAAUACUGUUCUUGGAAGUUAAAAAGAAAGUAAAUAUUUUGCCAAGAAACGACUGUUGAACAUAUUAUAGAAGAUGGAAAAAGCUUUAGCUAUAUCACACUCCUUUAACACGGUAUGGAAUCAGGAAGAUUAUGAGAACGAGGAUAUUCCAAAUGCCGUCAUGUAUGGGACAAUCAGAGGAGUAGUAGAGAUAAGUCGACAAUUCCGUGGACAGGUUGAUGCAAAUGAACUUGUGACAUUAAGGAGAGGUGAAAGAAGAUAUUCCAUAAAUGUCCUGAACCAGUAUGGCCAAGCAGUUGGAAAUUUGCAGAGCGACCUGGCUAAAAUUUUGUCGCCAUUGAAAGACAAACGACAGAUUCAGUGGAGGGGAGUUAUUCCAUAUGGAACUGUAGAUCGAGUUUUGAAUACUGUUGCGAUAGACAUUACGAUUUGGGGUGUGGUAGGGGAGAAAAUAAGGACUGUGAAGAAACUUUCAAGGCUCGAUGGAUUUUUGAAUGUAUCUGUUAAUCCCAAUGAAUCAGAAGAGGAGAUAAAACGGGCAAUUUUAUAUUACCGAGACCAGUGGUACAUUGUUUUCAAUGAAAACCGCUUCAAGAAUCUGAAAGAGGAGGGCUUAGAGUUGGACAAGUUAUUUGAAAGUCUAACAGAAGGAGAUAAAGCUGCUAUUCUGGAACCUCCAAAGUCGAUAUCAACGCCACUUCACAGAUACCAGAAACAAGCUCUUCACUGGAUGACGGAACGAGAAAACGGAGAGCAGCUUCCUCCAUUCUGGGAGCACAAAGAUGGUAAAUUCUACAAUCACGUGACAUCUUGUGAACAAGUCUCUAGACCCCUUAGUGUUCGAGGAGGUAUUUUAGCUGAUGACAUGGGUUUAGGAAAAACUCUGGUAGUGAUUGCUCUCAUUAUGUCCGACCGGAAGGACGAGGAGCAAGAGACACUGCAAGCAGAAAGUGAGGUGAUUGAGAUGGAAGUUGAAGACAGCAGCCAGACCAACCAGAAUGAUGAUUCCGAUCAAGACGUCAUUUUUGUGGGUGAAGAAAAGUGUGAAGUGAUAGAGAUAGACUGUGACGAAUCGGAUGAGGAACUACCAAAUUCUCCAUCAUCAGUGAUAGACAUCGAAUCCGAUGAGGAGGACGAGAACGAAGACAAUGAUGAUAUAGAAACAUCAAUAAGCAAUGACGUUUCAGAUUUCCAGAAACUAUGCAAUUCAGACGAAAGACGCUUCCCUACUUUGAUUGUAGCACCAUUGUCUAUCUUGAAUGUUUGGCAGACACAACUUCACGAACACGUACACGAGCGUUUUCGUCGGAAGAUUCUGUUGUUCCACAGAGAUAACAAAGAACGGUACAACUGUUCUCUAACCGAACAAGAUAUCGUCAUCACAACAUACGAAACACUGCUUAGAGACUUUCAGGGAGUACAAAUGUUACAAAGGGUGCAUUGGUUCAGAAUAGUUUUGGAUGAAGGUCAUAAGAUUAAAAAUCCCUCAGCUAAACGCUCAAAGGCCAUCUGUAACCUUCAAACAGAGAGAAAAUGGAUCCUAUCAGGAACUCCUAUUCAGAAUAAAAUCGGUGAUUUGUGGUCAUUGAUAAAGUUUCUCGACAUUGACACAUUCAAAGAUUAUCAUUGGUGGCAACGAGCGAUUGAAAUCCCUUUGAAAUAUGGCGAUGCUAGUGCGAAAAGACGGAUAUACAAGUUGAUGAGUUCCAUUGCUCUAAGAAGAACAAAGGAAACAAAACUAAAUGGGAAAAAAUUGAUUGAGUUACCGGAAAAAGAAGUUCAGAUUGAAUACGUAGAAUUCUCUGAGAAAGAAGGAGAAAUUUAUAACAAACUGUUUCAGGGUUAUGCAAAUUCUAUUAGGAAUAGAAUAGAGGAAGAAGGAAUGAUUGGAUGUGGUGUGGAAGUGUGUUGUGCCCUCCUGCGUCUCCGACAGUAUUGUUGUCAUCCAUCUCUUGUCGACAAAAAUAUCAACAAUAUUUUGAUUGCUGCCGAGACAAGAAAUCGUCAUACGUACAUACAACGUCUGGCUUGUUUUCUUCGAUCGUCGUCAAAUGUGUGCAGUAUAUGUCUUCAUAUCCCUUGUUGUGCAGUCAUCUUUCCAUGUGAACACGUGUUUUGUGAAAACUGCAUUGUUCCAGUUAUGUCUCACGAUGAUAUGGGAACGUGUCCGAACUGCCGCAGAGAAAUACGACUUAAAUCCUUUCACAAAAUGACACAAGGGGAGAUGGCUCUGCGAAUGGCCAAGCCUGAACUAGAUGAAUGGAAAGCAAGCCCUAAGACUGUAGCGUUGAUAAAUGAUUUGAGGAGGUUACGAGAUGAAGAUCCCAGCAUAAAGAGCUUGGUAGUGUCUGAGUUCACCAAGCUACUGGAUCUAAUUGAACUGCCUUUCAGGAAACUUAAUUUUAAGUUUGUUCGUUUUGAUGGCACAAUGAGUCAGAACGCAAGAAGGAAAUGCAUUGAAGAUUUUUCAAGUCAAGAGGAAAACUCCCCAACAGUAAUGUUGCUGUCUCUAAAGGCGGGAGGAGAAGGCAUCAGUCUAGUAGCAGCAUCAAAGAUAUUCCUUCUAACCCCGCACUGGAAUCCAGCUACUGAAGAGCAGUGUUUUGAUAGAUGUCACAGACCUGGACAGACGAAAAACGUCUCUAUUACAAAAUACAUUGUUAAAGAUUCCAUAGAGGAUAAAAUCAUGGCCAUUCAAGAGGAAAAAAGAAAAUUAGCUGACUUAGCAUUCAAUUUUGAGAAAAAAUCUUCGGGACUUAACAUGAAUGAGAUCAAGAUACUGUUUGACUUGUAAGAGUUUUCGCAAACUCGCUUUUUACAUAUGAAACAAUCAAGUGAAAAUGAUGCGCUCAAGUUUAUUGUCAUAAAUGAACGCCAUUUUGAAAGGUCAUUAGGAUAUGUAAAAGAACAGUUAAUUCACAGUAAGCAAUUUGCAAUCUGUAUUUUCAGUUGACACUGAUAAAAUGGCAUUCAGCAUUUCUCAAUUGGAUAUUAGCAACUGACACUUAGAAUUAGUAUUUGAAAUUAAGCAUAAAACAUUUGACAGUCAGGAUAUGGCAAGUAUCAAUAAUGAGAUGAGAAGAUUUUAUCCUAAUUGCUGAUUAGCAACAAAAAAACAUUGUGCAUUUAUAGAUUUUAAACAAGCAUUUGUUACGGUAUGGGUUGGCCUUGGAACAAUCUCCUUAAAAGUAGGUAAAUGCCUUAUAUAUAUAUAUAUAUAUAUAUAUAUAUAUAUAUAUAUAUAUAUAUAUAUAUAUAUAUAUUGGAACUGUAUAUUUUCCUGCUUUUUAUUAAAUUAUUUAGACUGUGUGAUAUCAACUCUUUCUAUUUGGAUUAUAUAUAUAUAUAUAUAUAUAUAUAUAUAUAUAUAUAUAUAUAUAUAUACACCAUAUGUACAAGGGUAUUGCAUCCAAAGUCUGUACUAAUGGUGUGUCAUCCAGACAUUUUAGGUAGCAUAAUUGGUGUACAUAUAUGUAUGUCAAGGAGAAUACAUAUCUCUCCAUUUCUAUUUUCAUUAUAUAUCAAUGAUUUCGUACUGAAGAAGUCUUAUCUUUGUAUAUGAAAAUAUUUACAUUUAUCUUGUUUGAUACAAACGACACUGUCAUUUAGCAGAUUUUGUAAAGGUUUUGCAACAUGCAUUGAAUGAAUUUAGUGAAACAAGUUGUGAAAUAUUGUAUUCCACUAAUAAUUUGUUAUUAAGAAAACGUGUAUGUUUAUUUUGAAGAUUUUAAAAUAUGUUGUCUAUUCUAUUCAUUUACUUCCGAUAUGACCCUUAUGUUAAUAUAUCUACAUUAUAUGUAAAUAGUUUUUUUUUGUACUUCAUGUAUCAUUUCAUGGUUUUGAGAGAGUAAACUGAACUGGGAAUGAACAUUCAGCGAUCAAGAUCUAUCAACUAAAAUGUCGGUUGAUAAUUCCUUGAUAAAAGAAAUACAUUAUGAACCAAAGUGACUCUUUCCUAAAAAUGUUGUCAACAUUUUCAUCAAUAUUUUCCGCGAGUUCAGAUAUGUUUGUAGAGACUGAUUGUACCUCUGUUGAAUAUUUGUUUCAGUUACAUUUUCACCUUCAUUUGAAUUUAUUUCUGUUUGAUGUGUAAUUUGAUGACAUGUUUAUCUUUGUACCAUUUGCUCGAUCUGUGAUUUUAUGGCGUGUUUGGAUGUGCAUUGUAUUCCGACUUUACCUUUUAUGGUAAGACUGCCAGUUUCUCUGAUCAAUUGAGUAAAUUACAAUACCUGGACAAUAAAUAGUUAAGAUUUUGACAGGUAGAAAGUACUCUUGUACGCUAAGCUGAGCUUCGUAUUAAUCAUGCAUUUAUCAUAACAGAUAUUGUAUGUCAAAAUAAUUAAAGUAGAGGCAAGUUUUAAAAGAAA